CGCCGCCGCCAUGGAGCGGCGCGUGGCGGAGCAACUCCGCAGCACGCUGGGUCCGCUCGGCCUCGAGGCGCACGCCUUAAAGGUUGGGUGGUACAAUGCUGUUCUCCCGCCAGCCUUCCACCUCCCCUACCCAGAUGACACGCUGGCCUUCGUGGUCCUCAGCACGCCGUCCAUGUUCGACAAGGCCCUUAAGCCUUUUGUGAGCAAAGAACGGUUAAAAAUAAUCAGGGAUCCUGUGGAUCAGUGUGUUUCCCAUCAUUUAUCACGUGUGAAGGAGAAAUUCCCUGACCAGAGGGUGGAUAUCAUGUUUGAUUACGAGCUGCUGCCGAGCCGAAAGCCCAAGUUCCUGGCACAGACAGCUGCCCACGUUGCUGGAGCUGCAUAUUACUACCAAAGGAAGGAUGUGAAGCUUGAUCCUUGGGGGAAAAAGAAGAUCUUUGGCGUUUGUAUCCAUCCCAAGUACGGUGGCUGGUUUGCUAUCCGAGCUCUGCUGCUCUUCCCGGGCAUCCAGGUGCCGUUCCUGGAGCAGCCCCCCCCUGUGGACUGUGUGAGCUCCGAGGAGAAGAGGAUUGAGCUGCUCGAGCAGUUCAAUUUCCACUGGCAGGACGGCCGCUACAGGGACAUCAUUGAAGUGAAGGAAAGGUACUCGGAGGAGCAGAAAACCUACUUUGCCACUCCUCCAGCCGAGAGAUUCCGGCUGCUGGGGCUCUCACAGGAAGCGCAGAGAAUCACAUUUCACUGAGAAAGCGGCUCCGCGAGGGCAGAGGGCAGCAAAGGGCAACUCAUGAGCACGGCUUUUCCCGGUGCCGAGGGGGAGGAGG